AAUAUCUUUCAACGGGCAGGAAAUAAUUUUCAAAUGUCCUUUGAAAGAAAGUAUGUUUAUCAAUAUGGUUUUUGAUAUCUUGAUAUUAAUAGGAGAUGUUACCACAUGUUUCUUCAAUUGGAGUUGUACAAUAGGACAAUUCAUAGUGUCUGCCCUAUGCCUGAUUGCAAGCAGUUUAUACAGUAGUACUCAGAAAUUAUCUAAUCUACUACAAAUACUUGUUGGAGAUUUCAAAUUAUUUGCUCAAGAUGUAGGCAGAACAACUAGUAAUAUUGUAUACUUUUUAGGAGACAUUUACAAUUAUUGCUCAUGUUUUGUGGACAAAGUUACUUCAGUUUUUAUUGAAUGUUUAGUGCUGAUUGGAUAAUCUAGUUUAAAAUGUCGUCCACAUUAUCGAGAUCCACAAGACUGAUACAUAAUGAAAUCAAAGGCCAUUUAAAGGUCAAAAAACGUUCAGUUAGUAGCAAAGAAAUCAUACAGAGAGAGAAACAGUUUUGCGCACAAAAUUAUCAUCCGUUGCCAGUUGUUUUAUCGAAAGGACAAGGGGUACAUGUUUGGGAUGUCGAAGGAAAUAAAUAUCUAGACUUCCUCAGCGGAUAUUCAGCAAACAACUUUGGUCAUUGCCAUCCAAAAAUUUUAAAAACGCUCAAUGAUCAAGCGAACACCCUACAUCAUACAUCAAGAGCUUUUUAUAACAAUAUUCUUAGUGACUUCGCCAAGAAAAUAACUGAAUAUUUUGGUUAUGACAGAUUCUUACCAAUGAAUACUGGUGUUGAAGCUUGUGAGACAGCUGUUAAAAUGUCAAGAAAAUGGGGUUACAUGAAGAAAAAUAUCCCCAAAAACGAGGCUAAAAUGUUAUUCGCAACAAAUAAUUUCUGGGGGCGCUCUAUAGCUGCUUGUUCAUCUUCCACUGAUCCUACUUGCUUUGAAGGAUAUGGCCCAUUUUUACCUGGAUUUCAGUGUAUCCCUUACGAUGACUUAACGGCCUUAGACAUUGCUGCACAAGAUUCUCUCGUCUGUGGUUUUAUGAUAGAACCGAUUCAAGGAGAAAGUGGUAUUAAUGUUCCUUCAGACGGAUAUUUAAAAGGUGUGAGACGAAUUUGCAGUAAAUAUAAUGUUCUUUGGACUGCAGACGAGGUCCAAACUGGUAUGGGAAGGACAGGAAAACGAUUAGCAGUAGAUUAUGAAGAUGUUUUACCAGAUAUUUUAGUAUUAGGGAAAUCUUUAGGAGGGGGUAUCUAUCCAGUAUCUGGAUGUUUAGCAAACGACAAUGUAAUGACUGUUAUUAAAGCUGGCACUCAUGGAUCAACGUUCGGGGGAAACCCAUUAGCUUCAAAGAUUGGAAUGACAACUUUAGACAUACUACAAGAAGAGAACUUGGCAGAAAAUUCUUUCAAGAUGGGAGAAAUCUUCAGAAAAGAACUUAACGAUAAACUCAACAAAAAAAUUGUCAUAACAGUCAGAGGAAAGGGUUUAUUCAAUGCUAUUGUUAUCAAUAGAAAUUAUGCCAAGGCUUGGGAUAUUUGUUUAAAAAUGAAGGAUAAAGGUCUUCUGUGUAAACAGACGCAUGAUGAUAUUAUAAGAUUUGUACCACCCCUCAUCAUCAAUGAAGAACAAAUUCUUGAAUCUGCUGAUAUAAUAAUUAAUACCAUCAAUGGCUUAAAAUAAAAGAAAGAAUAAACGAUUUUUAAUAUUUAAAA